CGUCGCGACAAAGCUCCUCCUCAUCCUUCACUAAAAGGUGCUUACUUGAUUCCACUCUUUACGGCUGCUGUGAGAUAAACAGCACACCCGCAUCGAGUGCAAGGGCUUACCCAAUCCGUCUAGUUUUCACCCCUACCCGAAAACCCAACAAAACCAACUUAGCAAGAUGGUCCGCGUUUCCGUCCUCAACGAUGCCCUCAACGCCAUCGUCAACGCCGAGCGCCGUGGAAAGCGCCAGGUCCUCAUCCGCCCUUCGUCCAAGGUCGUCGUGAAGGUCCUCGGUGUCCUCCAGAAGCACGGCUACAUCGGCGAGUUCGAGAUCGUCGACGACCACCGUGGCGGCAAGGUCGUCAUCCAGCUUAACGGCCGUCUCAACAAGACCGGCGUUAUCUCGCCCCGCUUCAACAUCGCCGUUGACGCCAUCGAGAACUGGGUCGCCCUCCUCCUCCCCGCCCGUUCGUUCGGCAAGAUCAUCCUCACCACCUCGGCCGGUAUCAUGGACCACGAGGAGGCCCGUCGCAAGCACGUCGGUGGCAAGAUCCUUGCCUACGUCUACUAAGCAAUUCGCAUAGAUAGGGUGUAGGAAGGUGCCGUUUGGGAUGCAUUGUGACGAUCCUCUGCUAUACUAGUGUGGGCGUGUACCCUGUUGCAAGCUGUGUUUCCAUGGUCAUGUGCAAGGGAACCGGAGCUCAUCUUACAGUGAUAAAAUGUUGGAGGUUCUGCUGUGGUUGUCACUGCUGCGGUCGUUGUUACUUCGGUG